AGGAUUUUAGACUGGUUCCUAUGUUGCAGUAUGCAUUGAAGAAAAUCCAAAAGAAUUGCUAUUUUAUAAUUUGAAUCCUUUUUAUUAUAUAGUUUGUUCUGUUACAUGGUUUGUUUUAUCAAUUAAUAAAUGAAACCUUGAUAAAUGAAUGAUACGGAGCUAACUUACGAUCAUUACAAACAUUCCCUCCGAGAUAAAGCACUGGGAUCGCACCAAGAUUUGCAAGAAGCUUUUUCGACCUAUCCUUCUAUUCAGCAAAAGCUAACUAGACGAAACCAGUAUGAUAGUCUGUACACAGAGAAUAGGCAAACGGAAUUCAGUGACAGAACUUACUCGAGAGCUGUUCACGAUUUGCAGAAGUUGAUUAACAAUCCUAAGGGAAGAGAUGAUAGAAAUGUUUUAUUUAAUGAGCGAACUUCUUACAAAGAUUAUCACUAUGAAGGAUUUCUACCAAAACCAGAGGAAGUUGUACCUAUUUUAAAGAAACAAUCAAUUCUCUUAAAGCAUGUUGAAAAUGAAAAUGAGUACUUAAAAGAACAACUUCAAGAAUUUCGUACUAAGCUCCUUACAGUUGUUGAAGAAAACAACGUAUUACAUGAGGAAUUAAAAUCCGGAUUAAUUAAUCUAAUGCUCCAACAAGACACGUUUGAAACCGCUCAUCUACAAGAAAACCAAUUAUUAGGAGCAGCGAUAACCAAUGAAAGAAAUGAAUAUUCAAAAGCUGACUUAUCAACAUGGCAAAGAGAAAUUGUAAGAACCGAAUUAGAAGAAAAAAGUAAAGAAUUAGAAGACGUUAAAUCCGAAUUAAGAUUGAAAAAUGCAUUGAAUGUGUCUCCUGAUCAAAUACUGACUGGAUUGUGCGUUAGUUGUGGUAGAAAUGAAGCUGUUCUGUCUACAUCUUCAACAACACCUAAUAAAGCUGUUGAAAAUAUUACGAAAGAGAGAGAUGAAUUGGCUCAAAAAAUGUUAGAGGCUCAAAAACAACUAAACGUUUCUAGGUCUAGGGAACAGGAGGCAUACGAACAAGUAAAGCAAAGUGUAGCAUUCGUUGAAGAGUCUCAAUUAGAGAGAACUCAAGCCUUAUAUGAAAAAGAGCAGCUUAGGGAGAGAUUGGCUGAAAUGCAUCUCAGAAUGGAAAAACAUACUGAAGAGACUGCAGCAAAAAUGGUCGAGGAACGAAGUAUUAUUCGCAAGGAGGUGGCUGAUGAGUUAAAUGAUCUAAACGAAAAAUUGAACACAGCGUCCUCUUCGUUCAUAAAAGCCAAAUCAGAGUUGGAAACUGUUUGCAGGGACAAAGUAGAUCUGUUGGCGGAAGUUGAGAGGUUGAAGGAAGAAUUAUCAAAAUAUGACUUCAACUACGGCCAUGCAACUGACUCAAUGAAAAUGACAGCAACCCAUUCAACUAUUGAACGUAAUGCAGCUAUUAAUGAAAUGAGAAAAAUGCGAGUUCAUUUGGAGAAAACUAUCAACGACUCUACAAAAGAAAAGGAAAGAUUGCAAAUGGAAAAUGAUAACCUUCAAAGAAGAUUAGCUACGGCUGAAAAACAGCUUAUAGAUUCUAAAGAAAACUGUAUUGAAUUAAUGAAUAGGCUACAAGAGUUAGAAAGAGAUGCUCAUGGUGCUAAAUUGGCUAAGGAGACGAUUGAAAAAAAUCGUAGUGAUGACUUAAAAUCAUUAUCUUUACAAGCUCAGAAAAGAGAGCAAGAACUUAAUGUGCUUUUGGAUACUUUAGAGACAAAGAGUGCUAAAAGAACAAUUGAAUUCGAAGAUAUAGCAAAUGCUCAACGUCAUCUAGUCGACCAGCUGAGAUCAGAGUGUCACAAUUUGACCGAAAAAUUGAGCUUUUGCAAUAGCAAAUACAGAAAAGAGAACAGUAAGUUAAAAUCUCAAAAUCAAAUUCUAAGGGAACGUUUAAACAAAGCUCAAGAGAGAUUAGAUGACUUUGAACAACAAAAUCACGCACACGGUGUACUCCAUGAAAAAUUACGGGAAAGAAUUCGACAACUAGAUGAACAUGGUGGAAAUACAGCAUCUCAAAUAGUUGAACUUUUAACGCAGCAACAAAACCUUUUAAGAGACAGAUCUCUCCUUGUUAGAGAAGUUGAAUUCCUACGAAAUCAGCUACUCUCCACUCAAAAAGAGGAAAUUCUAGAUGUCGUUCGUAGUUAUUCAACCCAUUAUACGACUGUUGACGAAAUCAUUGCUAGAGUUAAUGCUGACGACAUGAUGCAUUUGAAAACCGCUCAAGAUAAUGAAAAACCUUUAGAUAAUGACGAUAAUACAGUCUGUAACGAACAAAGUAGCAUAUAG